AUGGUGUGGGGGGUCAUGAUGUGGGGGGGGGUCAUGGUGUGGGGGGUCAUGAUGUGGGGGGGGGGUCAUGGUGUGGGGGUGUCAUGGUGUGGGGGGGGGUCAUGGUGUGGGGGUGUCAUGGUGUGGGGGGGUCAUGAUGGGGUCAUGUUGUGGGGGGGUCAUGGUGUGGGGGGGGGUCAUGGUGUAGGGGGCAUGGUGUGGGGGGGUCAUGGUGUGGGGGUGUCAUGGUGUGGGGGGGUCAUGGUGUGGGGGGGGGUCAUGGUGUGGGGGGGGUCAUGGUGUGGGGGGUCAUGGUGUGGGGGGGGUCAUGGUGUGGGGGGGUCAUGGUGUGGGGGGGUCAUGGUGUGGGGGGGGUCAUGGUGUGGGGGUGUCAUGGUGUGGGGGGUGUCAUGGUGUAAGGGGGUCAUGGUGUGGGGGGGGGUCAUGGUGUGGGGGUGUCAUGGUGUGGGGGGGGGGUCAUGGUGUGGGGGGGUCAUGGUGUGGGGGUGUCAUGGUGUGGGGGUGUCAUGGUGUGUGGGGGGUCAUGGUGUGGGGGGGGUCAUGGUGUGGGGGGUCAUGGUGUGGGGGGGUCAUGGUGUGGGGGGUCAUGGUGUAAGGGGUCAUGGUGUGGGGGUGUCAUGGUGUGGGGGGUGUCAUGGUGUAAGGGGGUCAUGGUGUGGGGGUGGUCAUGGUGUAGGGGGGUGUCAUGGUGUGGGGGGGUCAUGGUGUGGGGGGGUGUCAUGGUGUGGGGGUGUCAUGGUGUGGGGGUGUCAUGGUGUGGGGGUGUCAUGGUGUGGGGGUGUCAUGGUGUGGGGGUGUCAUGGUGUGGGGGGUGUCAUGGUGUGGGGGGUCAUGGUGGGGGGUGUCAUGGUGUGGGGGGGUCAUGGUGUGGGGGUGUCAUGGUGUAUUGGGGGUGUCAUGGUGUGGGGGUGGGGGGGGUGUCAUGGUGUAAGGGGGUGUCAUGGUGUGGGGGUGUCAUGGUGUGGGGGUCAUGGGGGUGUCAUGGUGUAA